AUGUUACAAGAUAUAAACUCAAAAAAAGAAUUCUCAUCAAUCUUAAAAGAAAAUUCAUCUCAAUCAGAUUCAAAUAAUUUAAUCGUAUUAGAUUUUUUCGAUGAUUGUACUCAUUGUUCAGAAAUGAAUCAUAAAUUAAAUGAAAUUUCAGAAAAAUAUGAUUCAAUUAGCUUACUCAGUAAGGAUAGAGAUAUUAAAUUUUACAAAGUUAAUAUAGAAGAUGAUAAACUGUUAGCUAAUGAAUAUUCUAUUAGUUCUAUUCCUACUACUUUGUUUUUUAAAAAGGGGAAAUUGAUUGAUAAGGUUGUCGGUCCUGAACCAAAUGAGAUUAAGCAGGUUAUUGAAGAUAAUGAUUUGAUUUGA